UAUUUUUAAGAGUGUACAACAACAAGAUGAAUGUAAGGAAAAAUGGUUUACCAAACAGCAAGUCUUUUUGACAGAAAAUAUGCAACUGUUUUACAUUAAUGUUUAUGGUCUCUCUCUACACACAUAGGCAUACAAUAACACCCCUUUUUUUGGAAUCUCACCCCCUGCGUCUGUGCUUUCGACUGGUGCUGUGCGUAUCCAAAAUUCAGCAUGGCUAUAUGGAACUCAAAACUCAAGUGGUUACUUCUGGUCCACCUAUUAAUGACAGAUGUGGUCUUUGCUAGAAGCCCACUCCCCCCAGGACCCAAAAUAAACUUGAGGCCAGUCACUUCAAACAUCUUUCCAAGUUUAUCAGAGUCUGGAACGGUGGAGCUCACAUGGGCAGAGAAGCAAAGGAACGAGAAAGUAGAAUUAAAAGAAAAAGACGAUAUCGAUCCUGCUCAUCAGCUGGUCUUAGACCUCUCUGAAUCUCUACAAGAUCAACUGCAUCUCCAAAGCAAUGCAAGCUGUGCAGAGCUCGCUGCUGGAGGCUGGAAAGGAAAUGUUUUCUCUCAGGAGCUAUUGGGGUUGGCAAUGGUGCCUGUGUUGGUGUCGGCAGGAUGUUUGGUUGAAGCCCAAGCGUUGGUAAUGAAGCUCUACACCGUGCUGGGCCAGGAUGAUACGCGUGAACUUUUGCAAGACGUAGUGAUGCUGAUCAAAAGAGGCAAGGAGAGAGAAUCGACAAACUCCGCCUAUCACACAAUUUUUAGAAAUGCAACCCAUACCCCGUCCUUUCCUACUAUACGAAGCCAAGAGUCACAGCAUCAUAUGCAGGCUUUAAUUUAUAACAUUCACCAGCUAGCCGAAGUGGGAAAAAGUGCAGAUAAGUUUAAGGAUGAAGUUAGGCCUUGCAAGGGGUGGGUGAGGGUGAAGGGCACACAGUUACUGGGACAAGCUGCAGAACAGAGCGGGCCAUUGCAUCUUGCAGAGGCACAGAAGGCUUGUCGACGCUUAAGUCUCCACUGUGCAGGUGUGACCCAAGAUGGCAAUCACAAUCCUGGAUAUUAUCGUGUUAUCCUAAGGCAUGGUAGCCGAGUAGUGCCUUCGUCAUUCUCUGAAAGCUGGAUUCAGAAUUGCAAGACGGCGCCUGUACGUUGGCGUAGAAAUACGGUGCCUCGGCACAACUGCGUGAACCAAAAAGAGCAGCAGGUGUAUACAGUGGUGGAGUGGAUCCCUGCGAUAUCUACUCUUUAUAAUCUGGGAACGGCUGUUUAUUACGCUACGGUUAACUGCUAUGACACCGCAAAAGAAAGAGCGAUCCUCAGUACUGUGGAUCUGGGCACAGACGCCCUCAUGGCUGUGACUGGGGGAACCGCAGGGGUUGCCGGUUAUGCGUUAGGUGCUGGUUUGAAAACUAGUGUGAAGGCAGGGGUUAAAUACCUGCUAAACAACAUGAAAGAGGAAGAUGACCUUGUAAUGAAUCAGUACAGCUGGGAAGAUGGAACUCUUGACACCUCGCAGUAAAAGGACAAGCAGAAAGAGUAGACCGGACCGGGACAAUAGCACUGCUCCAGUGCAACACUGUAAACAGAAAACACAUGCAGUAAAUCAUCUUUAGGAGUAUGUACAUGUUACCAUAAAAUGUGCACAGUGAUAAUUCACUGUAAAGUGAUAAUCCUGUAAAGAUAUGUAUAGUAAAAACAAACAAUAUUGAAGGUGAAAUCAAAAAGACAUUUUACUUAUCUUUUAGUCUUUUGCUUUAGACUAAAGAGGGAGAGAAAGAGAGAGAGAUGAUCUAUUAGUAGCUUGCAUGACCUGCAUGAUCAGCUUUAAAGGUGCAGUGUGUAAAUUUUAGUGGCAUCUAGUGGUGAGGUUGAGAAUUGCAACCAACGGCUCAGUCCACUGCUCACCUCUUGCUUUUGAGACACAUAGAGAAGCUAUGGUAGCUGCCACCGGACAAACAUGUCAUCGUUGGAGACAACUUAGUAAAAAAGUUUGUCCUUUAAGGGCUUCUGUAGAAACAUGGCUGCACAAAAUGGCGGCUUCCAUGUAAGGGGACCCUCUGUGUAUGUAGAUAAAAACGUCUCAUUCUAAGGUAAUAAAAACAUAACGGUUCAUUAUGAGAGGUCUUUAUACACCCCUGAUAAUUUAGUUUUGUAUAUUAUUUUGCAUUUCUGUCAAGAGAUCCUUCUAAAAAUUAAACACUGCACCUUUAACAUAGCGGCAGGGCAAAACGUUGCAGUCAAUAUUUGUUUAUGUUGCAUGUGACCGUUCAAAAUAGACAGGUACCAAGAAACAGGGGUUACAUUGCAUUUUGUGUUGUUGAAAUUCAAUAUCCACCAUUAUAUGAGUGUGCAUCAAUUGACACGUUUUUAUUUUUUAUUUAAAACCUUGAUUAAUAGUAAAUAGUAGUAGACUGAGUAGUAAACAGAAUAGACAAUGUAAAACAUUACAGUUUAGCAGUUUGAUUUGAAUCAUAAAUAGCUAUUGAUGUGUAACCUAAAAUCGUACACUAUUUUUUUCCUUUAUAUUUUCCAUUACAAAUUUUUGAAAAUACAAUAGUAUUUUUUUUGUAUAAAUGUUUGUAAAUGCAAACCUUUUUUGUGUGCAUUGAUUACAAUCACAAAUAAAAACAGAAAAUAAAUGUA